AUGCCGUUCGGAAUCAUCGAUGUGCGCACCGACGUGCCGCUCACCGGGACGGAGCUUCUCAUUCGUCAUGAUCGACCGGAAGGCAUUGCAGAUGGCGACAGUAAUCAGAGGCAGCUGAAGCGCGUUAUGCACAGAGGAAUCGAGAUUAUCCUUAUUCCACAACCAUCGGACAAUGAUCCCAACGACCCUCUACUUUGGCCAAGAUGGAAGAAGGAAACAGCCUUCGCUGUACUAUUUAUGAAUAACAUCAUCUUCGCAGCCGUGCCGGCUCCACUUCUGGCGGCUGCAACAUACGCUGUGUCCGUUAUUCUGAACGUGUCCAUAACCAAAGUAUCUCAACUUUCGGGCUACCAGCUGCUCAUUGUAGCUGUCAUAGGCCCCCUUGUCUCCGUCUUUGCCCAAAAGUACGGCAAGCGACUGCAGUUUCUGCUGGCUGCGAUUGCCGGCACCCUGGGGACAGUCGUCUGCAUAAUCGGCUCCCAGAAGAUGAGCUACAGCACCCUACUUGCAGGCCGCAUGAUCCAAGGCUUGGGAAGCACCGCCUGGGAGAGCUUGUCGCUUGCGGCCAUAGGCGACAUGUUCUACCUGCACGAGCGCGGCUUCCGUACCGCCUUGACCGUCGCCACGCUAACCUGUUCGACCUCUCUCGUCUCCAUCAUUGCGGGUGUGCUGACGGAGCGAUGUGGCUGGAAAGCUGUCUUCAUUGCCGUCCUGCCCUUCAAUGCUGUCGGUUUGCUCGGCGCCAUCUUCUUCCUACCUGAAACCCAGUACCGGAGAUCGCUCCCGGCUGCAACGGAUGGAGCAGAUGCCAGCUUCGCAAACCCCACAAAAUCGAAUGGGCAAGAGGUUUCCAUCAUCCACAACGAACAGGCGCAGACGACCAAGGCAAUGGUUGGGUACUGGGGGGGCCUGAUGGCUUGGUCGGGGACCUACUCGGACAGGUCGAUCCUGAUCCUCCUGGGUGAGAUCUUUAUCCACCUGAUCAACCCGGCCGUCAUCUGGAUCUUGCUGGUCAGCGGGGUCAUCAUCUCGCUGUACGUGGGCACAGCGUACAUCACGGCACAGAUCUGGACACCGCCCCCCUACCUCCUCACCGUCUCCCAGAACGGCUAUUUCUACGCCGGCAGCUUCAUCGGCGGUGUUCUGGCUACUGUGGCGGGGCCCAUCUGCGACUGGAUGACGCGGUUACUGUCGCGCCUGAAUGGAGGCGUCUUCGAAGCCGAGUUCCGAAUCCCCGCCAACAUCAUUGGAAUAAUCUUCUCUGCGCUUGGCUGGUUCAUGUUCAUGUGGGUCGUUGACAACCCACGGCCAGAUGGGUAUUACCUCGGCGCAUUCUUCUACGGUGUGGCGUGCGUUGGGUGCUCGUUCCCGGCGACUGUUGCUUCACUGUACAUCCUUGAUUCAUUUCCGAAAGAUGCGACAGAAAUAUUCAUCCUCCAGAUGAUGGUCAAGAACUUUAUGUUCUACGCCUUUUCCACAUUUGUUAACGACUGGGUUGCCCGAGCUGGACCUGGACGGCUUUUCCAGACUUGGGGCAUUGUGGCCUGCGCUCUCAUUGCUACCUCUAUCCCCAUGUAUAUCUUUGGCAAGGUCAACCGGAAGUUUUAUUCUAAGCACAAGAUCCUCAAAUCCCUUGUCUAG